AUGUCGACCUACGCACCAAACUAUGCGCCGACUCCCCAGCAGUCGCAGCCACAGGGUGUGCAAUCGAUGACAUACUCAUCGCCUGACCAGAUCAAUCAACAGCAACAGCAUAACGAGCCGUCGUCGUAUACCAACGAGAAAGCCGUCCAGCCUUCACAGUCGCAGACGCAGCAGCCACAGGCGCCUCCAAGCUAUGGCUACCAGCAAGCACCCAUCGUCAGCGGAGUGACACCACUAAAUCAGCUCGAUGAAUUCGAAACCACCGUCGACUGUCCAUACUGCCAUUACCGUGCCAGGACGAGGAUUGUAAAAGACAGCAGUGCCAUCACGAUACUGGUCGGCAUCGGAAUCGGGUGCUUCUGCAUUUGCCUCUCCUGCUUGCCCUGCAUCCUUCACUGGUUCCCAGACGUACACCAUUACUGCAGCAACUGCAACAAGCGACUUGCGACAGUGAAGCAGAGCGGCGGCAUAAAGGUGUACGAGGUCGUGCCAACCGGCAUGCCGGCCGCACCUGGUGGACAAGCACCAAUACCGAUGCAGCCACCGGUCAACACGAAUGUGACAGUACAAAAGCCGCAGGAAGCGGUUGUGAGAGGAAGCUGA